AUGCUCUCACGUGUUGCUGCAGUGAAGGCACCCCGCACACACAACCGUCGCCGCGUGACCGGAUCCAGCGGAAGGAGGAGGGAAGGAAGAGAGAGUGAACCGCAGAGGCCCAACAUGUCCCGGCAUCACUUCUAUUCUGCGGUGCUGCUCCUCCUCGUCGUGAUGGUUUGCGGCGGCAGUGGAGCUGCGCACGCUGUGGAGAGAAACUCAGGGGAUUUGCAAAUGCCGCAGGAGAUCGCCAUGUUUUUGCCGAAUAUGACGCAUGUGGUACCAAAAAGUGGUGGUGAAGGCAAAGUGAAGGAUCUCUUUGCUUCACCCGCUCUCGUCCGUGCUGGUGGAGUGAUGAUUGCAUUUGUUGAAGGCCGCACCAAAAAUAAACGUUCUCCAGAAGUGAUUGAUCUCAGUUCUUCUGAUAUUGUUGCCGGUUACAUCAAGGCUCCAGAGACGUGGCAGUCUCUUGUUGCUGAGGUAACCAAAGAUGACUGGAAGGCACACACUGUCCUUGAGAGUGCGAAUAAUAGUAAGUAUCGUGUGGGUGUUGCGAGGCUACCCACCGGAAUUACAAGGGGCAAUAAAGUGUUUCUGCUAGUGGGGAGCUAUGAAGAGGGGCGUGAAAUUGAUGAUGAUAUUUGGAACACCGAGGCAUGGAACAUUAAAGUGAUUGAGGGUGAGGCCACGCAGUCCACGGAAGUUCAGCCGACUCAACCGAUCAACUGGAGUGAACCCAAACCGCUGUUCCAAACUGACUCUCCUAAUAAUAAAGGUGACUUAAAGGAAUUUUUGGGUGGUGGUGGCUCAGGAAUUGUGAUGGGGAAUGGCACACUUGUGUUUCCCCUGACGGCAAAGGAUGAAAAUAAUAAAGUUUUCUCCCUAAUCACUUAUUCGACGGACGACGGCCAAAAGUGGGAGAUACCAGAGGGCGUUUCUUCUGCGGGCUGCCGUUCCCCCCGCAUCACCGAAUGGGAGGAGGGAACACUUCUCAUGGUUACUUAUUGCGAGGAUGGCCGCAAGGUAUUUGAGUCGCGUGACAUGGGGAAAACGUGGACGGAGGCUUUUGGGACACUCUUGGGCGUGUGGCUCAAAUCAGGUCCAGAACUUCUGGAAGUAAGUUUGCGUGUGGGAGCCCUCAUCACUGCGACCAUUGAGGGAAGGAAGGUCAUGCUGUACACUCAGAAAGUGAGGCAUUCUCUGGAAGUGGAUGAACCCAACGCACUCCACCUUUGGGUCACGGACAACAGCCGCACUUUUCAUAUUGGACCGUUUUCUGUGGACAGUGCUGAGAAUAUGACGUUUGCCAACACCUUGUUGUACUCGGAUGAUGGGCUUUAUCUUUCACAAGCGAAGGGCGAUCAUGAAAGCACAGCCGUUUCACUUGCCCACCUGACGGAGGAGCUGAAGACGAUCAAGUCCACCCUCAGUACUUGGGUACAGUUGGACGCCUCCUUCUCCAAUUCGUCCACACCCACGGCUGGUCUGGUUGGAUUCCUGUCCAAUACGACGUCCAGUGGAGACACGUGGAUCGACGGGUACCGUUGCAUGAAUGCAAGCGUGACGAAAGCAGCGAGGGUCAAAAAUGGGUUCAAAUUCACGGGGCCUGGGUCCAGGGCAACAUGGCCCGUAAACAGUCGGUGGGAUAUAAAACAGUACGGCUUUGUGGAUUACAACUUCACUAUUGUGGCGACGGCGACCAUCCACCAGGUUCCGAGUGAGAGCACUACUCUGCUGGGUGCGAGUCUGAGGGGCAGUUCCGGCACGAAGUUCAUUGGUUUGUCGUACGGUGCGAACGGUGAGUGGGAGACAGUGUUUGAGGGGAAAAAAACAGUACACGGUGGCACGUGGGAGCCGGGGAGAGAAUACCAGGUGGCGCUCAUGCUGCAGGACGGCAAAAAGGGCUUGGUGUACGUGGAUGGUGUGCUUGUGGGGAGCUCGGCGAUGUUACCAACACCUGAAAAGCGGUGGACUGAAGUUUCAUACUUCUACUUUGGGGGCGACGAGGGAGAAAGCGGCAGCAAUGCGACGGUGACGAACGUCUUUCUGUACAACCGCCCGUUGAAUGACACUGAGAUUGGCCACCUUAACGCGAAUAAAGUUUCUCUUCCAUUUAUGGACAAGAAGCCGGCGAAAGCGUCGACAGCUACUUCCCAGUCCGUUGACACUGUAACCACUUCGGUUACCACGGAGACAAAGGCAACUGCGCCAGCGCCCACUACUGUCGAAACGCUGCCGACGGAAGAAGUAACCUCUAACGGGAGCAGUGGUGCGAGCGGUGGCGGCACAUUCACACCAGCGGUGUCCAAUGCCACGACACACACAGCAGGGGAGAGGAGCGCAGACCAGUCGGCAUCUGUUACAUCUUCAAGUGCCGCCAGCUCGGAGGAUGGCGUGAGCUCUGAUGAGAAUGGGGAGACGACGGGAGGAGCUGAUGGGCAAGAGGAAGAUAUCCAGCCACAGGACGGGGAAGCAAAUGCUGCGGCACUCGGCCUCGCACUCAAAAGCAGUCUUGGAACAUCGUCGCAGUGGGAUGGCAGCGUUGCUGGCACCAUGCGUGAGAGCAGGGUGCUGCUGCCAUCGCUGUUCCUUCUGUUGGGACUCUGGGGGUUUGCGGCUCUGUGA